UGUCGCCAUAUUGCAGAGCACACAUGUAUGCCUAAGCCAGUGCUUUUUUCUGUAUCUUUGAAAAAUUAUGAUGUGAAAACUGUGAAACUUCUUAGAGAAAUCAUACUGAAGAACAAAAUCUGGUGACACUGUGGCUUGCUUUUAGGAAACAUGGCUGCGAUUUUUGGACAACUUGUUAUAGGGCCUCCAGGGAGUGGAAAGACAACAUACUGUCAGACAAUGGGCCAUUUCCUUAAGAGUAUUGGGAGGAAAGUUUCAAUUAUAAAUAUAGAUCCAGCUAACGAUUCCCUGAUUUAUGAAGCAGCAGCUGAUGUAUCAGAGUUAGUUACCGUGGAUGAUGUGAUGACUAAUCUGCACCUAGGACCCAAUGGAGGACUGAUGUUUUGUAUGGAAUUUUUGGAGAAAAAUGUUGAUUGGUUACUAGAGCAUGUGUGCCGCUUGAGAGAUUCUUACAUUUUAUUUGACUGUCCUGGGCAGGUUGAAUUAUACACUCAUCAUAAUUCAAUGAAAAAUAUUACAGAAAAGCUAGAGAAAUAUGGUGUUCAUCUAUGUGCUGUCCAUCUCGUAGACUGUCAUUACUGUAAUGAUCCAGGGAAGUUUAUCUCAGCAUUGCUGCUCUCCUUGUCAGCAAUGUUGCAACUAGCAUUGCCACAUAUCAAUGUUCUGUCAAAAGUAGACCUUCUUUCAAAGUACAGCAGCAAGUUACAUUUUGGGUUGGAUUUUUACACAGAUGUCCUUGAUCUCAAGUAUUUACUGGACUGUUUGGAUGAAGAUCCAUUCACAAAAAAAUACAAAAAAUUAAAUGCUGCAAUAGUUUCAUUAGUUGAAGAUUUCAGUUUGGUAUCAUUCAUACCCAUGAAUAUUGGAGACAGACAGAGUAUUCUUAAAGUAAAAAAUGCUGUGGACAAAGCAAAUGGAUAUAUUUUUGGAGCGGGGGAGCAACGUAAUGUGCAAGCACUGCUUGCAUGUGCUGUGGGAGCUGAUUAUGAAACGGGUGAAGAUAUGGACAGAUUUACGGAGGGUGCAGCAGGUGAUGAUGAGGAUGACGACGAUCUUAUGAUGAGGGGUGUAUGGGCAUAAACUGUGUGUGUUUCACUUAACAGAUCACACAAUUAGCCAUCAUUGAUAGCAAGAUUUUAUUGAAUGGGCAAUAUAGGUAUCUGUGCAUUUGUAUACAGUGCUUUUGAUAAUGUUACAUGAACUAAUCCAUUCUGUACAUCUUUAACUUCACAAUGUGUGUAUUGUUUCAUCUAUAGAUAAUUUUUCAGAUUUGUAUUUUUGUAAUGUUUUGAGUUUCAGUAAUAAAUUUGGAUGUACAGUUUUCUAAACGGUGGAGAAAUAUGGAGAUUAACUGAUUUAGCUCUACAUUCUCCAUACUUAUGUUCGUGCAAGUAAUUGCAAUGGUGUUGCAGUCUUUGUAAAAAAAUAAAUUAAUUAAAAACAUGAAAAAUAAACCUAUUUUGCUGUGGCACGCUGGACUUAGAUUAAAAUUCAUAGAUGCAGUGGAAUGGAGAAAAAUAUUAUCCAUCAAUUAUUGGUUAUGUUAUUCAGAUAGCAGUCAGUUUGUUACUUACGUUUGCCAAAUAGGUCAUCAUGAACAAGAUAGCAGCAUCUAAUGAGUAAUUGUGUAAAAUCUCUGUCCAUGACUGCAUUUUACACAAAAAGAUGUACAUAUUUGAAAUUCAUAAAAGAUGUUAGGUUAAAUGAAAAUAUUGAGAAUUUUAUAAUGAUUUCAUCAUAUUAACAUCGGAAACAUGUAGAUAUGAAUAUCCCAUAUUAUCCAACAUGUACACCUAUGUGGUGACUGAAAACAAUGUAGUUUAUAAAAAAAUGUUAUGAAACAUCAAGACAGGUACAAUAUAUGUAUGUAUUUAAGUUUGCACAAGACAGUGCAUCUUGGUAAGAGACCUAGAAAGUUACUGAUACACAUGUAAAAUGUGUAUAUGGCCACAAAGUAUACAAAAAAGUAUUGUAAUUCUCAAAGAAGUAGAAUUUGUUGAUUGGGGAAAAAAAGAAACUACAUGAUCUGCCUGAUAAUGAUUUCAGCCAAAUUUAAGUUUCAUUUCAGACCCAUGAAGUCUUUCAGACCAAUCAAGUUCUUUCUCAAAGUAGUUGACAAAGAUACCACAUUUUUAUUUAUUUACUUUAUUUGCAAUUCAGUACCUCGAUCAUACAAUUUCUACAACUUUUCUAUGCUU